UGUAAAAUUCCGCAUGCUUUGGACUCGAUUCCAUACCCUCAGCCGGCGUCGUUCAACGCACCUCUGCUUUCUUCUCCUUUUCCUUUCCAUACCCCUUGCCGGCGUCGUUCAACGCACCUCUGCUUUCUUCUCCUUUUCCUCGACAACGCACGCUUUGGGACUCGAUUCCAUACCCCCGGCUGGCGUCGUUCAACGCACCUCUGCUUUAUUCUCCUUUUCCUCGACAACGCACGCUUUGAUCGUUCCGAACUCGACCUCCUCGAGUAUUCUCAUCUUCUUUGCCUCCCCCAUUUUCUGAGAUCUCUGCUUGAGGUGUUGCGUCCCUUUGGAUACUUAAGCUUAAGCCACGCGGAAGAGUUUCAUCUGUUAGAUCGGUCCAAUGGAGGGGAACAGUUGGGGGCUGGCUGAGGGUGAACUUUCCGCUGCCGCUAAUGGGAGGUCUGCCGACUGGAGGACCCAACUUCAGCCCAAGGCGCGCCAGAUGAUUGUAAAUAAGAUACUCGAGACUUUGAAGAGGCACCUACCAAACUCUGGACCUGAGGAUUUGAAUCAACUUCGGAACAUUGCUGCUCGGUUCGAGGAGAGGAUAUUCACAGAAGCUGAUAAUCAGUCGGAGUAUUUGAGGAAAAUUUCUCUGAAAUUGCUCUCAAUGGAGAGUAAAACUCAGCAUUCUGCAUCAAUCAACACUUCAGUGUCCAACAACAACAACCAAAAUUCUACAGAUCCAGGAACUCUUUUCACUGGAUCUGAUGACUCUGAUGAAACCAGUGGAUGGAGUCUGGCUGAGGGUGAAAUUUCCGCUGCUGCUAGUGGGAGCUCUGCCGACUGGAGGACCCAGCUUCAGCCCAAGGCACGCCAUAUGAUUGUAAAUCAGAUACACAAGAUUUUGAAGAGGCACCUACCGUUCCCUGAACCUGUGGAUUCGAAUAUACUUCAGAACGUUGCUGCUCGGCUCGAGGAGGCGAUAUUCAAUGCAGCUCAUAAUCAGUCAGAGUAUUUGAGGAAAAUUUCUAUGAAAAUGCUCUCAGUGGUGAGUGAAACACAGCAUUCUGCAUCAAUCAACACGUCAGUGUCCAACAACAACAACCAAAAUCCUACAGAUCCAGGAACUCUUUUCACUGGAUCUGAUGACUCUGAUGAAACCAGUGGUUGGAGUCUGGCUGAGGGUGAACUUUCCACUGCUGCUAGUGGCAGCUCUGCCGACUGGAGGACCCAACUUCAGCCCAAGGCACGCCAUAUGAUUGUAAAUCAGAUACACGAGAUUUUGAAGAGGCACCUACCGUUCCCUGAACCUGUGGAUUCGAAUAUACUUCAGAACGUUGCUGCUCGGCUCGAGGAGGCGAUAUUCAAUGCAGCUCAUAAUCAGUCAGAGUAUUUGAGGAAAAUUUCUAUGAAAAUGCUCUCAGUGGUGAGUGAAACACAGCAUUCUGCAUCAAUCAACACGUCAGUGUCCAACAACAACAACCAAAAUCCUACAGAUCCAGAUUGCUAAGACACUAGGAUUGCCACUGAGAAGUAGCUGCUAAGAAGCUUUUAACUGAGGUGGGGCUUGGAUCGAGAAGCAAGAAGCAAUUGGCAACGGGAUAUAAGAGUAAUCGGUUCAUGUUUCUGGUGUAAACUCAAUAAACUGUGAUGUUUCAAGAGUUUGGAAUUAAGAUUUGGUGUAAUCAACUUUGAUUAUCAAUGCAGUGCGUUGUAAUCGAUUCGACUUGAUUUGUUAUUUCGGUUUUGUAGUGCUUGGAGAUGGAGAAUACAAUCGAGAGAGAAUUUCUCUGUAGCUAAAGAUGAAAUUCUUGUAUUUAAUAAUGCUUAUUUCGUUUCAAUAAAAGACUAUAUUGGAUA